UCCAGCAGUCUUGCGCCAGAUGCCGGCCGGUCCACCAACGGGCAUGUGACCGCAAAGAAAUGACGCACUUGGUGCUAGUUCUUGUGCUUGUUGCCGUGGUACGGACGGGUGCGUGUCCCGUCAUGUGCACGUGUUCCCGACACCUCACCGUUCGCUGCACCCAACAAGUGACCGUUGAAAUUUUCACAAAUCUCACCAACCUCCAAGAGUUGGUAAUCGAAAACAGCGACCUCGGGGAUUUAUCCAAUGUGUCGGUCGACGAUCUAGAGUUACAGUCGAUGCGACUGUCGCAAAAUCGUAUUGUGUCUCUUCCAGAGUUAAAUGUCACGAAUUUGAAACACUUGGACUUGUCAGAGAAUUUGAUCGAGACACUCGGAGUGGAGUUUAGGACAUUACGGAGUCUCGAGAUACUCAAUUUGAGUGCAAACUUUUUAACAGUGAUUGAUUCGGACAGUUUUAGUGGACUUGAAUCCUUAAAGUGUUUAGAUUUGUCUCGCAAUAACUUAACAAGGCUCGAUGACGCAUUAUUUGAACCGUUACAAGCGUUGCAAUAUCUCAAUCUAAGCUCCAACCAAUUGAAAAUUCUUAAUGAACGAUGUUUUAUCAGUUUAGUGAAACUCCAACAACUUGAUGUUUCUUUUAAUCGCUUGAUUCGAGUCGAAUUGGGGAGUUUACAAUUACCAAGUUUGGCAAGACUUCUCUUAGCUGGAAACUCGAAAUUAGGGGCUUCGAAAGAACCAAUGCUUGUGGGGACCGGUCAAAAACUUCAAACUGUUGAUGCUUCAAACAUCGGGCUUGAGCAAGUACCCCCAGCUUUGACUCAUUCGAUUAGAACCCUUCGCUUGGUUGGUAAUAAUAUAAAAACAGUCCGAUGUGGUGACCUCGACUCUUAUCCCCUGUUACAAUUACUUGAUUUUGAUUCGAAUGGAUUAGAAAUGAUCGAAGAUGAUGCUUUGGGACGACUUGACUCCCUCACGAUUCUCUACUUGACUAAUAAUAACAUGAGCGAAAUCCCGAAAAGUCUCUCGGAGAAGCUCAAAGUCCUUCAUUUGGAACACAAUCAAAUCCAACAAGUGCGUACUACAGACCUCCAAGGUUUGACCUCUCUCGAAGUCCUUCUCCUCAACGACAAUAAAAUCCGUUUGAUCGAAGCGGAAGCCUUCAACCAGUUGACGUCUCUUGUCACUCUUGAUAUCUCUCGUAACCCUAUUAAAAUCCUCCAAGCCGGUUGUUUGUCCGGUUCGAUGGCCCUCCAAGUCCUCCGUUUAUCCAACAUCGAUGUCGAUUCACCACCAAAAGAAGUUUCUUUUCCCUUAUCAUCAACCGAACACCUGAUCACACUCGAUCUGUCCGGGAGCCCGGGCCUUGCUCGCCAAUUACUAGUCGAUACUGCAGCCCUAGCCGCCUCGCGACAAUUACAAGAGCUUGACUUGUCUUUCACCGACCUUGAAUUUAUCCGAUCUGACUUGCUCCACUUUUUACCCCAGUUGAGAAUCUUCCACAUCGACGGUAACCGAAUCAAUUGCACCCAACUCGAAUGGUUGGCGGCUUGGAUGCGGCGACAAGACGAGCCCGAAUACAAAAGAGUGGCCUGUGUGAGCCCCCCAGAACUCUGGGGGACACUCCUCAUCGACCUCCAACCGAUUGAAGCGACUCCAAGUCGACCCACCACCACUCAAGCUCCCACGACGCAAAUGGAGGACUACAUCGAUAUCGAGUCGUUUCUCCACGAAAACAAAUCAGAGAAUUUCCCGAUAACAAACUCCUCUCAUGGAGAAAUGUCUAUGUUUAGUGCUGGGGCGGAAGAGAGAUUCCAUCCGGGCCUAGUCCUCGCCGCAGCAAUGCUAGGGAUAGUCCUAGUACUAGUUUUACUCGGGAUCAGAUUUGCCAAGCGAAAGAGAGACGCAUUGAUGCUCAGACAGGAGGAUCUGGAAGUCAGCUCGCUGCCAGGAGUGACAGAACUAUGGUGACAUUUGAGACAAGUCGACGAAGAGAGAACAAUGCUCUAUGAAACUAACUUAACUUAAGCGAUUGUAAGUGCUUGUGAUAAAAGUGAAUUAUACUUUUGUAUGACUGAGCCAUUUUUUUACUUGAGAAUUGUAAGAUAGAAAAUAUUUUAGAUGAGAUUCAAACGGGACGAUAUUACUGUGUCUGACGAUAAUUGUGUGAUAUUUUAGGUGAUUUUUAAUGAGCUACUCGGGUGUGUUUUGCGUUUCUUCCGAUCUUAAUGUUCUGAUUAUCGGUUUUGCUACACAUUGUACAUACCUGUCAUGUUUAUAUUUCAGUGCCAUUUGUUCUGUGUAUUGUGAUAGUCCCAUAAAUUUAAUGAAA